GUCUACCUGUAAUUUUGAAAGAAGCGAUUGAACAACAGUCUUGUACGUGCUGCCGUUUAAAAAUGUUUAAUCUGUGACCGUGAAACCUUAUUUAUCGAGCAUUGAAUCAGCCCGAGAAGUUUACAGUCACCCGGACAAGGCAGUACUUUCUGUUUAAGAAGCGUGGACACAAUGGAACCACAGUUGGUUUGGUGAGUUCCUGGUUUACUUUAGCAUUAGUUUGUUAGCUGUGGAAGACCGAAGUUGUUUGGGGGGAAAAAUGACACGAACGGAUUAUUUUAAAAUGCUGUUGCAAGUCUUCAAAGACGCGGUUCCUGUCCUCACCAGCGGGAUUUUCACAGUGGUCCUUUUAUCGUGUGUUUUGUUUGGUAUCCAAACGUACUUCAACUUAACGCAGGGGGUCUUCAGCGUUGGGGCAACUGUUUUUCAAAAUGGACACGUCCACAGGCUUCUUGUGCACCCUUUUUAUCACAGAACCUUUGCCCAGCUUCUCCUGAACAUCACAGCUCUGGUGUUUCUCAGCGGCAGCUUGGAGAAAGGUAUCGGUACAGUCCGUUUCCUGUUCUUGUUCCUCCUGCUGUCCACCACCACGGGCUUGUUUUACAGCUUCCUGGACCUUCUGCAGAGUGACAGCAGCCAGAGUCACACAGAGGGUCUGGUUCCUGUAGCCCUGGCCUGUGUGGCUCUGACCACCAUGCACACAAAGAUGACUAAAGGAUUCCUGUGUGGAGUCAGUUUCCCCACCAUGGCUCUCCCCUGGCUGUUUCUCAUAAUCACCACUGCCCUCAUUCCUCACUGUGUGCUCCCUUGUAAUGUCAUUGCCAUCCUGAUUGGGUGGAUGUAUGGCAAAGGAUGGUUCUCUCUUCUGGAGAUGUCUGAGGCCAGGGCUGGCGUUCUGGAGAAGAUGAUGCCUUUCAGAUUUUUGAGGAGCAUCAGUAGUGUUGUGUUUGUCCCUGCUUCCACAGAGGAGAGGAGGAAGACCCUGCUUCCACAAAUAAAUCCAACACCUGGGUCCUACCCAGUCCAGGCUUAUGCUCCAUUAUCCAGCAUUAAUGCUGCUGAUACUCCAGCCAUGCAUGGCAUGCAUGAAGGCUGGCCGAACUCAACCAGUGCUUUGUCUGGUCCCACACCACCUCUCCAUCCUCAUGGACAUGGAUCAACGCAGAGCUUUGGGCUAAGUCAUGGCCACAGCUGCAACCACAGCCACCAUGCUCAUAGUCAUGGACAGCUUUAGUUUAUGUUCAUCUCCUUGACUGCUUUACAACACUCCAACUAAUAGGCAGAUAUUCUCAUUCUAUUAGUACUGCGUUAUCUGCCACUCCUAAACUGUAGUAAUGGUACGCCUACCACAUCUCUUGUCAUUUAAUUGUGUGGAGUACAAUGCCAAAUACUUGGCAGAGACGCAAACUGGCAGCUGACAAGAUGAUUUUGGGCUUCUUUUUGUGGGGUCUCUACCUUCUUGAAUAAUCAAAUGUCAUUUCUCUGAAUGUUAAAAUGUUAUGGGUGACUUUUGUACUUGAGCUAAAACAGUGUCUUUUGUAUUAUUUGUUUCUUAUUUCUACAAAUAAAUAUCUAUAAAGCAUAAAAAAACAAAUUAAAUCAAUGCACAAACAGCAUUUAAGCACAGACAGAGACAGUUUUAGU